UUGCUCUCCUCUUCCUCUUCCUGUUCCUCUUCUCCUUCCUGUUCCUCUUCUCCUCCGCCACCAAUAUUAUCCUCCUCCUCCUCCUCCUCUUCUUCUCACCAAACCUUCUCUUAUUAAUAUUAAUCACCGUCUUAGUCCUCCAUCGUUAUUAUCAUUGUAAUACUCUCCUCUCACUCUCUCGCUCCACGUGUUCACACCUCUACUGGAAAAUAUUUUUAAAAAAAUCCAUGACUCUGCUUUUUCGAUCCAAAUCUUGUGGAUUUGUCGGAUUCACUGAGUUCAACCCGGUUCCUCCGCCGAGUCCAUUUCUCGAAGAUGAUGAAAACGACGACGAAGAAGAAGAGGGGCAGGAGUAUGAAGACGACGAAUAUAAUGGCGCUUUGAGAAACCCGAUAUCGACUCCGUUUAUUAGCUCCGGCUCGACAUUUGGAGAAAGAGGAGGAGGAGGAGGGAAUCAGCGAGGUAGACAUGGUAGUAAUCAGUUCGCUAUUUUGGAUAUUUUGGCAGCGGCAUUAAGGAAGUCAGUGGUUACGUGUAGUGUGGAGAGCGAGGAUGUAAUUUCUUCCAUGGAUAUUAGUUGGCCUACUGAUGUUAGGCACGUCUCUCACGUGACUUUCGAUAGCUUCAAUGGUUUCCUUGGCUUGCCUACUGAAUUUGAGCCUGACGUUCCCAGGAAGGUGCCGAGUGCCAGUGCCAAUGUAUUUGGAGUGUCUGCCAAGUCGAUGCAGUGUACUUAUGAUGACAAAGGGAACAUUGUGCCAACUAUCCUUCUUAUGAUGCAAAAACGAUUGUAUGUUGAAGGGGGCCUUAAGGCAGAAGGAAUAUUCCGAAUAAAUGCUGAGAAUAGCCACGAGGAGUAUGUUAGAGACCGACUAAACGAAGGCAUAGUGCCACGUGGAAUAGAUGUUCAUUGUUUGGCUGGUUUAAUAAAGGCAUGGUUUAGAGAACUGCCUUCUGGGGUACUUGAUUCUCUUACAGCAGAACAGGUGAUGCACUGCAAUACUGAAGAUGACUGCACUCAACUUGUGAAGUUACUUCCUCCAGCAGAAGUUGCACUUCUUGAUUGGCUAAUCAAUUUGAUGGCAGAUGUUGUGGAACAUGAACAAUACAACAAGAUGAAUGCCCGAAACAUUGCCAUGGUCUUUGCACCCAACAUGACCCAGAUGGCUGAUCCUUUGACUGCACUGGUUCAUGUUGUGCAAGUAAUGAACUUGCUGAAGACGCUGAUCUUAAAGAACCUUCGGGAAAGAGAGGAAUCAGCUGUCAAGACGAGGUUGCUCUCUGCAUGCUUAGACUACCCAGGAGACAAGAGUGAGCCCUGUCAAACAAACUUAAACUGCAAACCCUGUAAAAUAUUUCUGGAUGGUUGUGCACCUGAAGUACCCACUACUGGUGAGUUCUUGAGGUUUGCUACCAUGAAUAAACUAAAAUCUUAUGCCAAGGAGAAAUAUCUGAGCUUUCGGAAGAAAAAUGAUGAAGAGGAAUUUGAGUCCAUUUCAGGUAGCAGCCCUUCUUUUUCAUGCGAAAUGGGAGCCUUAGAUAGUGGAUGUAAAGGUGAAUAUGAUAAUGGAGAUUGGCUAAAUUUGAGAAAAGGGGUGAGGAGACUGUGCAGACAUCCUGUAUUUCAGUUGAGUAAGCCAGCUAAGAAGAGUAAAGGUCUCAGUGCUGUAAAUAAUAGGAGAGGUGGGGAAGUUUGGACGUGAUUCUAGUAGUUGGCUGCUGAUAGUACCAUUUGUGUUGUUUUAGUUCAUGAGUGCUUUUUUUUUUUUAAUUGUAAAAAUGAGGGCUCUACGACGGUCAUAAACUCUUUAAAUCUGUAAUCCGCAGUCACCGGUUAACGUCUUUGAUUUAACCCAACUCUAUAGGAAGAGACUUACUACUUAACUUAAUGUGACAUUCAAUGCGACAAACAAUUAAACAAUUCACCGCUUUUUCCAUUGUACUCCUAAGUAGAGACAAUAUUUUCAUCUUACUGGUAUAGGGAAUCGAACCGAGAUGAAAUAAAGCCAUCUCACCAAAUUAACCACUA